AACAUAGAGUUCCCCCAUUAAUGUCUUUUACUAUUAUAUGUUUUUUUGGCCAUGGAUGUUGAAAAACAACACACAAAAAUUGCAGAGAAUCUCCAUUCAACACUCAAGAAAAAACUGUGUACUGAUGUACAUACAAUACAACAAGUAGCAGUAGAUGUAGCAGUUACUACAGUGAGUUUAACUCAAUGAUAGAUAAUGGGUUGUUGAGAGGAAAAAAAAUAAAGAAAUAAUAUUCUAGUAGUAGCUAGUGUGUGUACAUAGAGAGAGAGAGAGAUGAAAAGGGGUGCAAAAAGUGGACAAGGGACAGCAGAAAAGCAAGAAAAUUUAGUGGAAAAGUUGAAGAAAAUAGGGAAAAGAGGUGGACACACUACACCAGUAAUACCUUUUUUGAGGCUCCAACAGUAUAAUUAUCAUAAUAAUAGUAAUAAUCAAGAAAGUGUUGUUGUUGUUCAAGAAAGUGAUAUUGGUGAAACCCCUUUUGAGAAUCCUUGUGUUUCUGCUAGAAAACUUGCUGCAAUUCUUUGGGAGCUUCAUCACUACAACAUACCUUUCUCUGAAAUGCAUCAUCACCACCAGGGUAGUCAUGUUCCUCCUUCAAGAAUCCGCCGUAUUCAGCCUUAUCACCACCAUAGACACCACCUUGAGCAUCCUGAUCCUUCACCAAGUUCACCUGACUUGCCAGGAAGUGCGGGCAGUUUGAGGAGGCAUGUUGCUGCGUCGCUGAUGCAACAUCAUCGAGCAAUUGAAAGGACCAAUCAUGCUAUCCAACCUGUAUCUCCUGCAAGCUAUGGCAGUUCGAUGGAGAUUGCACCUUACAACCCUGCAGUUACACCAACUAGUUCUAUAGACUUGAAAGGGAGAAUUGGAGAGACGAGCUACAGCCUCAAAACAUCUACGGAACUACUAAAAGUACUGAAUAGAAUAUGGGGCCUGGAAGAGCAGCAUGCGUCCAACAUGUCACUCGUGAAAGCAUUAAAGAAAGAACUAGACCAUGCUCGCGCGCGGAUCAAGGAGUUGGUGCGAGAUCAGCAAGUGGAUAGACAUGAAAUAGAUGAAUUGAUGAAGCAGAUAACGGAGGAUAAAGUGGUAAGGAAAAGUAAGGAGCAAGAUCGAAUUAGUGCUGCUAUUCAGUCGGUCAGAGAUGAACUGGAAGACGAAAGAAAGCUAAGAAAACGCUCAGAGAGCUUGCAUCGGAGACUGGCUAGGGAGCUGUAUGAGGUGAAAACGUCUCUUGCUAACGCUUCGAAAGAGUGGGACAAGGAGAAAAAGUCUCGACAACUUCUGGAAAACCUUUGUGAUGAGUUUGCUUGGGGAAUAAGACAUUAUGACCAGGAGUUGCAUUCUGUUAGACAGAAAUCCGACAAGGAUUGGACUGAAAGGACUAAUAGCGAUCAACUAAUUCUGCACAUUUCUGAAGCAUGGAUUGAUGAACGGAUGCAGACAAAAAUGGAACCUCAAUAUGGUCAAGGUGAUAAAGGCUCAAUCGUAGAAAAAUUCAGGUCUGAAAUAGAGACAUUCCUUAAAACUAAACAAACCAGUAUCAGGAAUAAUGUCAACUUAGGGGAUCCCACCUACCGAAGAGGUUCUCUAGAUUCCAUCCCGCUUAACAUUGCUGGAAGUGCCCCGCAAGAUGAGGGUGAUGAAGAAGAUUCUGUUAGCAGUGAUUCACAUUGUUUUGAGUUGGAAAAACCAAGUGCUGCUGACUUGAGAUCCCGCGAGAAUGGUGCCAAAGAAAAGAGUGCUGAAGAAACAAUGAGGCCUAAUUACAUUUUGAGGAAACCUGCAUUACACGAAAGGUCCAAGGGUAGCAGCGUGUCCAAUUUGCAGGUGAAGUUUGAAGAACAGAUGGCCCAAGCUGCAUUACCAAUUGAAAGCAGGAAUGAGCUUGACAAUAGGGAUCUGGGAGAAACUAGUGAAAAGAACCAAGUUGAAAUAAGCACUUCGAACAAGUUCGAGAUAUGUGAAGUAACAGAAGAAGGUAGUUCUGGGAAAAAGAAUAAAGCCGAUGGAACUCCUGGAGUCAACUCAAAUUAUAUGAUUGAUGAAUUACUUAGAAGCCAUUAUUUAUUGUCAGAAAGUGGAAACAUGGCACCUGAAAAUGAUUACGAGUUAGCUUCUUAUGGUACUUCUGUCAGGAGGGCUCAAGCUAGUCCGGUCAGACAAUGGACAGAGAAGCUUCCCUCGCAUGAGAACAUAUCCGAGUCAUCAACUAAAUUGCCACCAGAUUUAAAGGAGAACACUUUAAAGGCCAAACUAAUGGAAGCAAGAACAAGAGGUCAACGUUCACGUUCAAGAUUGAAAGGCACCAAGAUUCCUUUCUAGUUCAAAGUUUGAAUGUCUGGUAGCUUGGGGCACAUCAUAUUGCAUGUUAUGAGGGUUGGUGCUAUGUUAUUUUGAUCCGUUCUAAAUAGCCACGAGAUGACAUGGACCAUCCUUCUUGCUUUACAGCACAACGAUAUGAAUCAUGAUAUUAGUUUCCGAGUCCCAUCGGAUCAUUUUGUAAUUUCGGAUGGAUGGCAAGUUCAGCUGCAGUAGAAGAUCCGUCAGCACUACGUUCGAGUCUUGGAAGUGGUUAGUAAAGAAUCCUGUUACAUUAGCUGCGCAUCAUGUACAUUUUCUCAGAAAAAGGUAUUGCUACUAUGGGCCUUUGAACAUAUGUUGAAUGCUUCUGGUCCAGGCAGUCUUUUGACUAGUUGGAUGAUUUUUGUAUCUUUAAUUUUUCAUUCAGCUUUCACAACAUUAAUGCAGGUACAGUUACACGAGAA